ACCAAAGGAAAGGGUUAUAAAGGAGUGACCAGUCGUUGGCACACAAAGAAAUUGCCGCGAAAGACGCACAAAGGUCUGCGCAAAGUGGCCUGUAUUGGCGCCUGGCAUCCGAGUCGUGUGCAGUUUACUGUCGCGCGCGCCGGACAGAAGGGUUACCACCACAGGACCGAAAUCAAUAAGAAGAUCUAUCGCAUCGGAAAGGGUGGCAAAGACGCUAAGAAUAACGCCUCCACCGAACAGGACAUCACUGAGAAGACCAUCACUCCUAUGGGCGGAUUUCCUCAUUACGGAGAAGUGAAUUGCGAUUAUCUGAUGAUUAAGGGCUGCACUGCGGGCCCCAAAAAGCGUGUCUUAACUCUGAGAAAGUCACUGUUGGUUCAGACGAAACGCGCGGCGACUGAGAAGGUGAACCUGAAGUUCAUUGACACGUCGUCGAAGAUGGGCCAUGGCAAGUUCCAGACACCCGCAGAGAAGAAGGCUUUCAUGGGUCCGAUGAAAAAGGAUCGCAUCAAAGAGGAGACGAAAGCCGCAUAAGUUUGAUAUUCUUUGUAUUAAUUGAAUGCUUGAAUAAAGACUUAUUUGAAUUAAAUA